AGACGCACCAGACGACAUUAUUUCCGCGGUCCUUUCCGCCGUCCCACUCCCACGAAUCGAGCCUAUCGGAUGGCGAGCGGCGGCGCAUUCCCCGUGCAGCUCCUGCACCUCCCCGGCGGCGUCGGCGGAGGAGGCGGCCACUGGAGCAACCUCGGCGCCGCAUACGCCGCCGUCACGUUCCUCCGCCCGCAGGGGAAAUCCCUGGUCCUGUACGCGGCGGGCCCCGACGCCGACGGCCAGUGCCAGCAGCAGCAUCCGCAGGGGCGUAUCGUGUUCGCGUACCCGAUCCUCCCCGGCGACGCCUUCGAGAGGCUGGACGGCGCGACGCUGUCGUGGGCGGAGCCCGAGUCCGGCGCCGAGUUCGCGCUCUGCUUCGUCGACGAGGCCGCGUGCGCCGCCGUCUGCGGGGCCAUCUCCGCCUCCGUGUCGUCGAGGGUGAGCCCCGCCGCGGGGGUCGAGGGCGUCGCGGAGAGGCUAGCGAGGCUGCGCGUGGCGAGGGAGGAGGCCGCGCCGGCGCUUGGCGGGGCGGACAUCGCCGCGCGCCUGGCGCAGCUCAGCAUCGGCCGCCCGUGAACUCAACAGCCUGAGAGAGAGAGAGA